GCACACAGAAGUUUGCAACGCAAAACAGAAAAACAUGGCAGCAGAGGUGGAGACUGCAACAGCGUCUGAUAAAUUUUCAGCCAAUGCUGAGGAAUUGGAAAGCUACUAUUUAAUGCUUGAAGCCGGCAAUAUACCAGAACUUCAAUGGCAAUUUCCUGGCCGUCGAGCGCCCUCUCCAGACGCCAGCGUGGGCGGCAGCAACAAGGAGCUGGAAGCUGCCACCGAAACUGUUGAGCAAGAACCGCAAAAGGCAAACGAUUUUGAUUUCAGCGACGAAGUUGCACCCACUCAAAUGCGCGUACGAAGCCAAACAUCGACGCCGAAGUCGGCCAAAAAAAAGACGGCCAAUUUUGCCGGCGUUAUGGAGACGCUGAAAAAGAAAAAAACUGAAGGCUCCUAGCAGACAAGUGCUCUUCUUCUUCAAAGACCAGCAUAUUUGUAGAUAUGGAUGAGUACACAUAAAAGUCUGUCUUCCUUCUACUAAUAGUUGGCGAUCAAGUAAUCGUGCGGGUGUAUGUCAAAUUUGUGGUAAGUACAUAUUUACAUAUAUAUGUGUAUAUUUACAUAUAUAUGUAAAAAUGUUUAUCCUGACUGAUUGACUGCCUAUUGAAUGGAAGAGUGAUGUGUAUAAUUUGAAGAAACAAACUUUGCCCAGGCAAAGCCGGGCUUUACCCGCGUUUGUCCCCUUAUAAGCACGAGUACAACAAGAAGCGCAUUCAAUUAGUUUAUCAAUUCGUUUUUAUUGAUUUAAAAUGGCGUAUAUAUGUAUAAAGUAUAAUUGACCCGCAUUAAAAUGUUGUCAAAUUGA